CCUCCAUCUACUCAGCAUCGGCAUCUGGAAACCCCAUGGCCUGGGCUCACUGGGGCUGCUGCCCUUGGCUUAUCCUCUUCUGUGCUUAUGCCUGGAGCCACCCAACACCAGUAGACCUUGCAAGAGAGGAUGUGAGAAACUGUUCUACUAGCCCUCCGCACCUUCCAGUUACUGCAGUCAAUACUACACUGAGGCUGACAGCCCUCCGCCAGAAGAUACAGGCCUGGAAUCUCUCUGCCUACAUCAUCCCAGACACAGAUGCCCACAUGAGUGAGUACAUUGGCAGACAUGAUGAGAGGCGUGCGUGGAUUACAGGCUUCACAGGGACUGCAGGUGUUGCAGUGGUGACCCUGAGGAAAGCAGCUCUCUGGACCGACAGUCGCUAUUGGACUCAGGCUGAGCGACAGAUGGACUGCAACUGGGAGCUCCAUAAAGAAGUUGGUACCACUCCCAUUGUCACCUGGCUGCUGGCUGAGAUUCCUUCUGGAGGGAGUGUGGGCUUUGACCCUUUCCUCUUCUCUAUUGACUCCUGGAAGAGUUAUGACCUGGCCCUCCAGGACUCCAACAGACAGCUGGUGUCCAUUACGUCCAAUCUUGUGGAUCUGGUGUGGGGAUCAGAAAGGCCCCCAGUGCCAAGCCAACCUAUUUAUGCCCUGCAAGAGGCAUUCACAGGGAGCACUUGGCAGGAGAAAGUAUCUGGCAUCCGAAGCCAGAUGCAGGCGCAUAGCAAGGCCCCAACUGCUGUUCUUCUGUCGGCACUUGAUGAGACGGCCUGGCUCUUCAACCUUCGCAGCAAUGACAUCCCCUAUAACCCCUUCUUCUAUUCCUACACGCUGCUCACGAACUCCUCCAUCAGGUUAUUUGUAAACAAGAGUCGCUUUAGCCCUGAGACUCUGCAGUACCUGAAUUCCAGCUGCACAGGCCCCAUGUGCGUGCAACUUGAGGACUACAGCCAAGUCCGUGACAGCGUCCAGGCCUAUGCCUUGGAAGAUGUGAGGAUCUGGAUUGGGACCAGCUAUACCAUGUAUGGGCUCUAUGAAGUAAUACCCAAGGAGAAACUCUUGGCAGACACCUACUCCCCAGUGAUGGUGACCAAGGCAGUGAAGAAUAGCAAGGAGCAGGCACUCCUCAAGGCCAGCCAUGUGCGGGAUGCUGUGGCUGUGAUCCGGUACUUGGUCUGGCUGGAGAAGAAUGUGCCCAAAGGCACGGUGGAUGAGUUCUCAGGGGCAGAGCUCGUGGACAAGUUCCGAGGAGAAGAAAACUUCUCCUCUGGACCCAGUUUCGAAACCAUCUCUGCUAGUGGCCUGAAUGCUGCCCUGGCCCACUACAGCCCAACCAAGGAGAUGCAUCGCAAGCUGUCCUCAGAUGAGAUGUACCUGGUGGAUUCUGGGGGACAGUACUGGGAUGGGACCACAGAUAUCACCAGAACAGUCCACUGGGGCACCCCCUCUGCCUUCCAAAAGGAGGCAUAUACCCGUGUGUUGAUGGGAAACAUUGAUCUGUCCAGACUUAUCUUUCCUGCUGCUACAUCAGGGCGAAUGGUGGAAGCCUUUGCCCGUAAGGCCUUGUGGGACAUUGGCCUCAAUUAUGGUCAUGGGACAGGCCAUGGCAUUGGCAACUUCCUGUGUGUGCAUGAAUGGCCAGUGGGAUUCCAGUCCAACAACAUUAAGAUGGCCAAGGGCAUGUUCACUUCCAUAGAACCUGGUUACUAUCAGGAAGGAGAAUUUGGGAUCCGUCUUGAAGAUAUAGCCCUCGUAGUGGAAGCAAAGACCAAGUACCCAGGGAGCUACCUGACCUUUGAAGUGGUGUCCUUCGUGCCCUAUGACCGAAACCUCAUUGAUGUCAGCCUGCUGUCCCCUGAGCAGCUCCAGUACCUGAAUCGCUACUACCAGACCAUCCGGGAGAAGGUGGCCCCAGAGCUACAGAAUCGCCAGCUAUUGGAAGAGUUGGCCUGGCUGCAGAAGCACACAGAGCCCCUGUCUGCCAAUGCCCCCCACUCCACCUCCUUGGCCUCUGCUUUGCUAGCCACCUCUCUUGCCUUCCUCAUCCAGAAUAGCUAGAGGCUCCUGACUCCCCUGCUGACCUCCACCUAGAUGUGGGACUUGCUGAGUUCCCCUCCCCCUGUACCACACAAGCCCCAAGAGCACUUGCUGGCCCAUUACCUAGAAACUGUUGCCCUUGGCCCCCUCUGGAAGGACAGAUCCCAGGCAGAUUCCAGGCAGAUCCCAGGCAGCACAGGCAGCACACAUACCCCUCCCCAGGCCUGUGCACCUCACCCUGAGCCCCUAGUUUGGGAAAACAGAGCCAAUUAUGCCUUCCCUCCUGUGAGCCCAGACUGCUAGAGCUACUUCCUCUCCCCCCAAAUAAAAAACCAAUCAGGCAGUGCCCCUACUCCUAGGGGCUCCAUGUCCUGGGGAGAACUCCACCCUAUUACCACCUAGUGGAGAUUGUCAGAGCUGCUCCCACCCACACUGGCUCCUGAAUUUGUGGCCUUUCCAACCCUUAAGGCUGCCUUUGGCCACCCACCUGUCCCCAGCUCCACUUUGGCCUCCUGGCUACAGCCCAUAGAGCUGAAGGAGCAGGACUCCCCCAGGCUAAUUGCUGUACCUUAGAGGAAGACAAAGGAAGGGUGACUGUGUCAUCUGUCUGGAGAGAGCUACUUAGGAUUGAGGAGAACAACAAAUCUAGUGGGGGGCAGGGUAAGCCUGGAGCCAGAGGCCAGCCAGGAGCACACGCCAGCGCCAUCCACACACAUGGGAGCCCACUGCUCCCAAACCCCAAGUGCACUCUGUUCCAAUGACAGCAGGGAAGGUGAAAGUGUAGAACUUUGGCUAUGGAGUAGGAGGGACUAUGGCAAGGUACUCUAAAAUAUGGUGCUACCAGAGGUUAGAGAAUGAUGUCACUAUCCCAGGUUUCCCUGGCAUUCAAGGAGCCCUUUUAACUUUCUAAAAUGCAGCCACAUUGGCAAUACUAUUAAAUCCUCCCACAUCCUUGGAUGACCCUCACCUCAGGUGGGUAGAGUCUAGGUUCCACAUUUCACGGACAGUAAAACUGAGCUUCAGGAAGAAGGUGGUCCCUGCCUGAGGACAUGCAACACGCAUGGGGAGAUGGCCUGCGGUCCAGCUCUGUUGCCCUUCAGCACCAUGCAGCAACUCUUAACCCACCUCCCAGCCCCCUCCUCAUUGGUUGAGCCCAGCUUUCUCGGGCCUCAGUCAGCCGUUAGCCACCUGGGCUCACAUCCUGCUAGAUGCUUAAAACAGCCUUGCAAAGAUGCCUGCCUCUGGUUUUGUAUUGUGUCUGCUCUGUUGCUGGAGGCUGCUGUUACCUGUG